CUGAAGGGGCCGCCGGCUGGGGCGCUGAGUCCCCCGGAGCCCGCACCCUCGCCUGGGCAGCAACAGCAAGCCGCCGCGCACCUGCUGGGCCCGCCCCACCACCCGGGCCUGCCACCUGAGGCCCACCUGAAGCCCGAGCACCACUACGCCUUCAACCACCCCUUCUCCAUCAACAACCUCAUGUCCUCGGAGCAGCAGCACCACCACAGCCACCACCACCACCAGCCCCACAAAAUGGACCUCAAGGCCUACGAACAGGUGAUGCACUACCCGGGCUACGGCUCCCCCAUGCCCGGCAGCCUGGCCAUGGGCCCCGUCACGAACAAAACGGGUCUGGACGCCUCGCCCCUGACUGCAGACACCUCCUACUACCAGGGGGUGUACUCCCGACCCAUUAUGAACUCCUCUUAAGAAGACAGCUUCAGGCCCGGCUAGCUCUAGCAGCCCGGGACCAGGACAAGAGAGAGAGGAAGUGGGGUCCAGAUUCAGGGAGGGGGUGCUUGACAGCUGCGAGGGAGAAGAACUCCAUUACACACCCACCCUCAGGACAGCAGUCUCCCAUCAGCCUUUGCAGCCCUUCCCUCCCAAACAGAUGGGCCACACCAAUACCUAUCAUUCUACAUAAGGAGGGACAGGGGAAAAUAUAAAGAAAAAAAAAAAAACCUUCCAGCUUCCACUACUGUGUAGACUCCUGCUUCUUUAAGCACCUGCAGAUUCUGGGUUUUUUGUUGUUGUUGUUCUCCAUCGCUGUUGUUGCAGGGAAGUCUUACUUUUGAAAAAGAAACUUUUGUGAGUGGCUCAGUGUCAAACCAUGUAGUUUUAACAGAGAACCAGACGGUUGUACUAUUGUUAACGAGAGAAAAAAAUAAUGUAAGGGUCUGUUGUAAACGACCAAGGAAAACAAACAAAAAAAAUGCAUUCCCAUUCUCCACACGGUGAAAUCCAGGUCUCGGGUCUGAUUAAUUUAUGGUUUCUUCGUGCUUUAUUUAUGGUUUAUAAAUGUGUAUUCUGGCCACAAGGGCCAGAGUUUCACGGAUCUAUAUUAAAGUGUUAUUACUGGUUUUAUCUCUUGAA